AUGUCUCAAGACAAUGGCAACUCCGACUCCCUAGCCAAAGGCUACAGCGCGCGUGCCACGAAAUCACAGCGCUGGCGCCGGUUAAUCCUCAUAAUCGCCACAGUCGUGGCGGUCGUCGGCCUUGCCCUCGGCCUUGGCCUUGGUUUAGGACUUCGCAAGGGCGAUGAGGACGACGACGAUACUAGCGACCUCGGCGAGCCUGACAAGGGCGUCGACCGAACCGUCAAGUGGGCGCCUGCCGUCGGCGAUAUGUGGCAGAUUCUCCUCCUUAAACCUAUCGAUCUCUCGACAAGCCUUGAGCCUAAUGUGUCCAUAUAUGACUUGGACCUGUUCGACAACGAUGCCGAGGUCUUCCAGGAGCUCCACAAUAAGGGCAAGAAGGUUAUCUGCUAUUUUAGUGCAGGUUCUUGGGAAAUCUGGAGGGAUGAUGAGGACCAGUUUGACGACAGCGACCUUGGCUCCAUUAUGGCAGAGAGGGUCAAGCUAGCUAGCGAUAAGGGUUGCGACGCAAUUGACCCUGAUAAUGUUUGA